CGCACAGCCGAGCGAAUCCUGCUGCCGCAUUUAAUCGAGAGCUCAUCUUCGCUAUUGGAAUGGUGCGUGUAAGUUGCACAAGGAACGGCUAAUAAGUCGCCGCUUGGAAGAUCCAGAAUUCACGAAAGGGGGGUCAUUGUUUGCGCUUUCAGAUGCAGAUGUGGGUCAACAUCCCUUCACCACUCAGGAGCACGAAAUCUACCUUCCCGUUCCCGAAAGACGCUCAGGCGGUUGCUACCGUCAUCAGGUGCUCAUAUAAUCAGGUUAACUCCACCUGGUCGUGCGAGAAGGAGCAUGCACCCUUCAUGACUUGCUGAAAACUCGAGUACCCGGUUUCGAAUAUUGUGGAUUGUUCCCAUCUCGCCACUUGAUGGACUAACGCUGAUGAGUCUCAGACACACUGUUUCAUACUGUUUCGUGUGUGUACCCUGACAUCCGAGUACGAAAUCUCAUUCCACGAAUGCGCUCUCCUUGGCGUG